AUGGAACAAUUACCUGGAACUGUUUUGAAGUAUGGGAAUCCUGGUCCUAUUUCAGAUCUUUUAGUGCGGAAGGCGUAUGUUACUGCGUAUGAUAGGAGGUUGAGGCAUCCAGCGUGGACAGCAGAACAUUUGACACUCUCCUCACUAGGCCGGUCUAUGCUCGAGCAAAUUAAUAGUGAUGAGAAAGGGGAUAAGGGGGAUAGGAGUCGAUCGACGUUUACAGAGGAUGUUGCUAUUCCUUUACAGUUCCGUGCACGAUUACAGGAUUAUUUCAGGAGUGGGUAUGAUCGAGGACAUAUGGUGCCUGCUGCGGAUGCUAAAAUCUCUCAGGAUGCGAUGGAUGAAACCUUCCUACUAACUAAUAUCGCUCCGCAAGUAGGAGUAGAAUUUAACCGUCAUUAUUGGGCGUACGUCGAAGACUGGUGUCGACGACUUACAGGAUCUUUCAAAGAUGUUUACGUUUUUACUGUUCCUUUGUAUUUACCGAAAUUGGAGUCGGAUGGGAAAUGGCGGGUGACUUACGAAGUGAUUGGGAACCCGCCUAGCAUCGGCGUCCCAACGCAUUUCGCAAAAGUUGUAUUAGCUACACGACCUUCUUCGCCUUCGACUCCUGACGUACCUGAGAUAUCGACGGGUGCUUUCGUGUUGCAGAACGCUGCGAUUCCGGAUACGACGCCGUUUGAGAGCUUUACUGUUCCCGUCGAUGCCGUUGAGCGGGCAGCUGGUCUCACGCUAUUCUCUGACCAGAUCAAAAAUUCGUCAAAGCAUAUUUGCAAGACGACGAAAUGUGAGGUUCUUGUGAGGAGGUUUGAUGAUGCGCAGAAACAGAUUAAGGCUCCUAAUGCUAAAGCUAUUGCUGCACCGAAGUAA